CUGGCUAUCUCUCUAUAAUUUAAUUUUUUUUCAGAAGAUGAAAUUCGGCUCAAAGUUACGUGCUCUUGAGUACCCUGGUGCUCAAUCUUUUGAUUUAAACGAUGAAACGAGCUUUCGUUUGUUGAUCAUUUGGCUGGAAGAUCAAAAGAUUCGCUGGUACAAGGAAGAAGAUAGAGCGGAGUUGAGAAGUUAUUCAUCUUCACAAUGGGAGAAUGCUCUGAAUGUGUAUCUCAGGGACAUUGAGUGCCCUGAAUCGAUACGAUGUAAGCGAGUGCUCAUCAUAAAUUGGCUGCUGAAUUUAGCAAUUCGGUAUGAGUAUGGAGAUAAUGUUGAAAAGUAUCGACCGAUGACAAAAGAGAAUAUUGUUAGUGGUAGUUUUUCUGGAAAGGCAGCGGCUGCUGCUGCAAUAGAUGCUUUGAACAGUCUCGAUCCCACCAGCCCUGAUUUUGUUUCCGGUGUUUUAGAGAGCGCCAAAGUGGUAAACAUAAUGCAACAUGAUCAGAAUAUGUACGUUCUUAAAGCUCUCGCCAUUUUUUGUGAAGCGAGACUCAAAGAAGAAGCUGUCGAAGAGUUUAUAAACAAUAGGGAACCCGCCAUAAGCGUCCCUUUGAAGGACGUCGAGCUGGGCCUAGAUGUUGAUGACCAACAAGUUAAAGAUGCUGCAAAAGUUUUAAGAUUAUUGCAUAUAAAUGAACUUCGAAAGCUCCAGACUCAAAUAAACGAGACUAUUGUAGCCGCCCAGGCUAUCACAGCCAAUCCUAAAACUGACCAAUCUUUAGGGCAAGUCGGAAGAUGAUACUCAUUUUUGUUGGAAUAAAAUACAGAAAAAUAUUUAUGGCCCUAUAGUUCAAGGUUGCAUUAAUCGAGAAUUUUAUUCAAGUGUCUAUAAGUGUAUAAAAACAAAGUGAGU